AUUUCUUCCACCUCACCUCAUUUACCAGAAGCUACUAAAUCUUUCAGACCCCACGAAACUCCAUUCUCAUUCUCUCUCUCUCUCUCUCUCUCGCACGCUCUCUGUUCCAAAUUGCGAACUCUCUCACGCUAAGGGGGGAAAAAAAAAUGAGUAGCCGAGCCAGUCGAACAAUCUACGUUGGAAAUCUUCCUGGGGACAUUCGGAUGAGAGAAAUUGAAGAUUUGUUUUUAAAGUAUGGGCCCAUUGUUGACAUUGAUUUAAAGAUCCCUCCAAGACCUCCAGGUUAUGCUUUCAUCGAGUUUGAAGAUCCCCGUGAUGCUGAUGAUGCUAUUUACGGUCGGGAUGGAUAUGACUUUGAUGGGUAUCGCUUACGGGUGGAACUCGCACAUGGAGGACGAGGAUAUUCAUCAUCAAAAGACCGGUAUAGCAGUCACAGUCGGAGCAGCAGCAGCCGUGGAGUUUCCAGGCGUUCUGACUAUCGUGUGCUGGUUACGGGAUUACCUCCUUCUGCUUCAUGGCAAGACUUGAAAGAUCACAUGCGCCGUGCUGGUGAUGUCUGUUUUUCUCAAGUUUUCCGUGAUCGUGGUGGGAUGACAGGAAUUGUAGAUUACACAAAUUAUGAUGACAUGAAAUAUGCUAUAAGGAAACUUGAUGACUCUGAAUUUCGAAAUGCUUUUUCCCGGUCUUAUAUUCGGGUGAGGGAAUAUUCAAGGCGAAGCUACUCUAGAAGCCCCAGUUAUGACUCCAGACGUAGCUAUUCUAGAAGUCGUAGUCGUAGUCCAUAUGUGUCGAGAAGUCGAAGCCCUAGUUAUAGCCGUAGUUAUGGUGGCCGGAGCAGAAGCAUAUCUCCAAGGGACAAAUAUUCACGACGUUCUCCAUCAGUAUCUCGUUCGCGGUCUGUUUCAGCACAUUCCUACUCGAGAUCUCGGUCAAGAUCCAAGUCCCCACUCUCAUCUCGGUCUCGACGCAAACUGAGCAGAUCUCCUUCAAGAUCAAGAAGCGUAUCUCGGUCCCUAUCACCGUCGGUGAGAUCAGAACGAAGCCAAUCUUUAGACUCGAGGGAUCGCUAUUGAAUAUGAUAAGUUUCAAGCAAAUUAUGGAAUGUUUUGGUGAGGUCCAGGAAAAAAGAGAUGAGGAUAAACUUGGGAUAGUUAAUUUUCAUUUGCAUGGGGAUGUUCGCUGAAUGCUUUGUAUGCAUCAUUCUGGUUGAUGAUCUUUCUUAUCCUGAGUAUUUCAACUGUAUUAUUUUCUAUUAAAAUGGAUAAUAAUAUUAUGUAACUUGAUGCUCUUGUGAACUAAAUUAUUAUCUAUCUUCCACAUUGAUGCUA